AUGUCAUGUAUACCUGGCAUUAUAGGAGCUAUCGACGGAACCCACAUUGCCAUAAAAGCACCACAACAUAAUUUUGUUGAUUAUUAUAACAGAAACAAUUACCAUUCAGUGAUUUUGCAGGCUGUUUGUAAUGACAGAAAAGAAUUUAUAGAUGUUUUUGCUGGUAUAGUAGGAAGAGUUCAUGAUGCUAGAGUGUUUAGACAAAGUCCUUUAUUUGCUUUGCUAACUGGAAAUGAUCCUCCAAUACAUGAGAAUCAACAUUUAUUAGGAGAUAACGCUUAUCCAUUGCUUCCAUUUCUUAUGAAGCCAUACAGAGAUAAUGGUCAUCUCACACCAGAAAAAACGAGAUUUAAUACAAUACUAAGCUCAGUCAGAUGUAUUAUUGAACAAUCUUUUGGACUGCUAAAAGGAAAAUGGAGGCGUUUAAAAUUUUUAGAUAUGUCUAGAAUCGAUUUGAUACCUACAGUAAUUGUAGCAGCUUGUGUACUGCACAAUUUCAUUAUAAAAAACGAAGGCCUAGAAUUAGACGAAGAUUAUGAACAACAAAAUGAAGAUGAUAAUAAUGAAAUUAAUUUGCGCAUUUUCGAUGAACAUAGGGUUGCAAUAGGAGAUAGAAAAAGAGAUUAUAUAACUUCAAUAUUACGUUAA